AUGGAUCAAUUCCGAGAGAAACAGAGGAACAUGGAUCAGAAGACUAUCCAGUUAAUACUGCUCAGGUCUCCAGUGGUUUCUCUCCAAUUCCCAACUCUCCAAUGUCUUCAGAAGAAACAUUCUCGCCACCACCAAAGACGCCUUCCUCGCCUAACGAUUCAUGUGCGGUUCCCUCAUGUAAAAAAGGGUCCCAGUGAUCAUCUAGGAAACCUCGAAAGGUCCCAAGGUCCUCAGCUGAUCUCUUAUCGAGUGCAAAAAAGCCUCAGCCUUUUACGUGCCCAGAUCCAACUAGUCCUGCACAGAACAAUAAUCCACAAGCUUGUCCACAAGCUUGUCCACAAGCUAACCCUUCUGAGAAGAGCGUCUCUAAUUCCCCAGCCAUCUCCCAGUACCGGGCCUCCGGCUCCGGCUCCAGCAUCAACGCAACCAACUUCUCAAGGGACAAUUGCGUAUGAUUCCUCUAACGCUGAUUCAGCUGAUUCAGUACCUCCUCCCAACUGUGAAGGUAUGACCAGAUUCCAGUGCGAACUUUGCGGAAUGAACUUAAGCAGUAGAAACUGCUUAUAUAGACAUAAAAACAGAAAACACAGGCUGACCAACAGAGUUGAUGAAGAUGGAGGAAAAGAUGCAGGAAAUAAACAUGUCGUUUUUCCAGAGUGCAAAGAAAAACAAAAAAGGGGAGAUGAACCAGCUCAUUCCAUCUUUCGGGACUAAUAUUAAAAAAAGUCAUGAUAAAACGACAAAAUAGCAUUAUCGCCUUCAGGGAGACUUGAAAUGCAAGGCUGAGUUAUAAUGAAGCACGGUGAAUAGUUUAUGACCAACGUAACAGUCCAAAUCGAUUGGCAUAAGAAGAAAAAAAUUGUCAAAGUAAGCACUGCUUUGCACCACUUCUUAUAACUUUGGUAAUGAGAGUAAAAGCCUUUAAAGUCGUCCUUCAUAACUCAAGCUCAUGAAUAGCUCUUGUAACAAUGGCACUACCAACAACUUUUGUUUUAUUUUUUCUUUUACAUUCGAAGGUUUGUCUAUUCAGGCUUUGGCGCUUUUCUCUACUCUAUUAUCCAGUGCAACAAAGACAAAAUGCUUGCAAUGGCAGACAAUCUUACAAACAAAAUGAAUAAUUAAUGCCAUUAUAGGUUAUAUAUGUACUCUAGUCCAUUGUAGGCCCUUAUGUUUUCAACUAUUUUAGUAAUUAUUAUGUUCCACAUAACUUGUGGUUAAGAGUUCCAAUGAUUUUAUUUUCCUUGUCUCUCCAGAUCAGCUUUUGCUACAACCGGCGAUUUAAUACACCACCUUAAUAAUCACCACGGUCACGAAUUGAAGAUUAAAAGCAUUACGUUCAAAGACAUGACAGAAUUCGAGAAAUGGAAGAAUGAAGAAGAAAGGAUGACAAAGAGCUGGUAUGUAAAACACCGUGCUGACAGAAAGACUAAGCAGUACACAAAGUCAUCGUUGCGAUGCAAUAGAACUGGCACGUUUGUCUCCAAAAGCACGGGAAAGAGAGCAAUGAAAUCGCAAGGAUCUUGCAAGACUAAAUGCUCAUGCCCUGCCUUUAUCACAACAAGAAAGUAUCACGCAACAGGAGAGGUGCAAGCAGAGUUCUGUUUGAAACACGUUGGGCACAGACAGGAGAACGCCUUCAACAGAAUGUCGAAGGAAAUGCACACCACCAUUGCAGCUAAGCUUUCUCAAGGUAUAAGCAUGACCUCCGUAAUGGACUACAUACGGGGCAGUAUGUGUGGGCCGCUCAAUAGGGAUUACUUAAUAACCCGUGCAGACCUACACAAUAUCAAGCAACAGUAUAAUAUACACUGUAUGCAGAAAGCUAGUGAUGACACUGAC